AUGUGGUGUGCACCACAGAAGCGUCCCCGGUACGAUACCGAGGUGCAGGGCAAGACGAGAGCGAAGGACCGGGAGCAGGAAACGCUAUGCGGGCGUAAGGGCCCUGGCCUUACUUCUCGCAAGGCCUGGCUUAAGAAGAAGACAGGACGGUUCAAGGCGGCACACGCAGCCUGUGAGAAGCCGAUGGAGAGCACCCGCGUGCAGAGGCGGCGUGUGGUGGUGUGUGAGGACUACAGCAGAUCUCCAUGUUUCUCAGGAUGUUUCAGUACGGGAAAUGUGAGAUGA